CUUCAAUAUAUCAUUAAUAUUGGUCACGCCUUAAGUUUCUCUGUUUUGGCCUUCAAUAAUCCUUUAUAUACCCAGUCCAAGACUACAAGUUUUCAGCUCAUUCCUCCAUCCCUUUCUCUGAUUUGAGUAUCCAACCAUGGGAGCCGAACCCCAAGAAACUCCUAUUCAUAUGAACGAAGUGAAACAGAGCUUGUUAGAGACCGAAUCAACAACCUUGACCGAGUCGUCCCUGCCGAGUCUGGAUGAAGUGGAGGAGAUCAUAGGCUACAAAUUCGAGAACAAGAACCUGCUAGAAGAGGCCUUCACGCAUUCUUCUUUUAUGUGCAGCUUUUCUUACGAGCGUUUGGAGUACAUCGGCGACGCCGUGCUGAAUCUGUUGUUUAGCCGGGAACAUUACUUUUUGUACCCGGAUUUGGCUCCCGGAAAGCUGACCCGCCUCAGGGCCGCCAAUGUUGACACCGAGAAGCUGGCACGUGUGGCCCUCCGACACGGGUUCCACCGCUACCUACGCCACAAGAAACGUUUGCUUGAAGAUCAAAUCCAAGAGUUUGCUCGAGCAGUUCUGGAUUAUCCAUUGCACUCCAAUGGUCUUAUUGAUGCUCCAAAAGAUCUUGCAGAUCUUGUGGAAUCCACAAUCGGGGCAGUUUUCAUGGACUGCAACUCGAUAGACAUAGUCUGGGAGGUAUUCAAGGGCUUGCUGGAGCCGAUAAUAACUCCAGAAACAAUACAAAUACAUUUCAACACCCAGCUGAAUGAGUUAUGUCAAAAGAACAAUCGGAGUCUCAAAUAUGUAGACUCAUGGGAGAAAAACAAAGCUGUGGAUUGUUUCAUUGACGGUCAAUUUGUUGGAAGGGGUACCUACAGUCUUCGGAAGGAAGUUGCGCAGAACCGAGCAGCAAAAGAUGCACUAGAAAACAGGUGGAAGUGGAUGAUAUUACGCGAGAAAGACACUGCUGAUGAAGAGCAAGAAGAAGAGAGUCCUACCAGUCAAUUAUCCGAGGAAGAAUCCGAAGUUAAUGAACAAGCUUGAGUAACGCAUGUUUGUGUAUGUCCCUGUAUAUUAGGCAUUUCCCAUAGAUGAACUUGAUGUCGAAUUUUAGUUUGUGACUUGUAGAAACAAUGAAUUCCAAUCUGAUGACCCCUAUUUGUUGUCCCCUAUGUAGUACCAAAGUUAUCUAAGCAAUAUGAGCUUUCAAUCUCUUUCCUUGUGAGAUUUUCAAUUUGCAAA